UUCAACCUGAUCCAAAAUUGGUUUGGGUGGGUCGGGGUCUCAACCCUAAAACCGAUUCUUAACCCUAACUGGUUUCGACCCAAACCGGUUUUGUAGGCCUUACCCACGCCACGAGACACAAUUCAUCUUUUAACAAAAGAAAAAAGGUGAAGGUAAAGGUAUAUAUUGAUGGGCCGGCCCAAUAUCAUCUAACUAUACCAAAUGUUAGAUCUAGUGUGCUAUCUUGGAUAUGGAAUUGCCCACUCUGCGAUUUACUGCUGGUGGUUUCCGGUACCGACUGAAUCCCGAGUGGCCAAUCGGAAGACCUUCAAAGUUACGAUUCUGUCCCGCAGCAGCGUCUAUCACUAAUGGAACUAACAAAGGUCCGAAUCGGAUGUUUAUACUCGGUAUGGGUUACGUUGGGGAGUUUGUUGCUCAAGACCUCUUGAAUCAAGGAUGGGUUGUAUCUGGAACUUGUACCAGUGCUGUCAAGAAGGAGAAACUGAAGAAAUUGGGAUUGGAUGUUCAUGUUUUUGAUGCUAAUCAUCCUGAGCUUGAAGUCGUAAAUAUCUUGAACCAACAUACACACCUUCUUGUUUCAAUACCUCCUUGCAAAGAUAUUGGUGAUCCGAUGCUUCAACAUGCUGAACUUUUAAGAAGCAAACUCAACAGUGAUUGCCUUCAAUGGCUGUGCUAUCUAUCUACCACAAGUGUUUAUGGUGAUUGUGGUGGUGCAUGGGUGGAUGAAAAUUAUCAACCAAAACCUGAAAGUGAAUUGGCUAAACUGAGGUUAGCUGCUGAGGAAGGAUGGUUAAGUUUAGGACAUGAUCUUGGGCUUGCAGCACAUGUAUUUCGGCUCGGAGGUAUCUACGGUCCUGGUAGAAGUGCGAUUGAUACAAUUACGAAACCUGAGCCUUUAUCAGCUGUUCAAAGAGCAAGAUCAUUCAAGAAAUUCACGUCCCGUGUUCAUGUUGCUGAUAUUUGCAACGCUUUGAAUGGCUGCAUUCACAAGCCAUCCCCAGGAAUUUACAACAUUGUGGAUGAUGACCCGGCCCCCCGAAUAGAAGUGUUUUCAUAUGCGCAUGAACUAAUCAAUGAAAAAUGGCCGUCUCGGAUAAAGAAAAUAGUUAUAGAUGAACAAUAUACCGAAAAGGGAAGUUUAAGGGGAGAGAAACGAGUGGUGAAUGCACGUAUGAAGAAAGAACUUGGAGUGAGGCUGAUUCAUCCUAGUUUCCGGACCGGAUUGCAGAGCAUUUGUGAUCAAAUACAUGAUCACCCUUCUUCAAGUUCAUGUCAAGAAUCUCCCUCCGGCCCCUAGAAUGCCUUUACUUUCAUGCUGUUAGGUUAUAUGCAUGUUUAGUAGAAUUGGUUUUUCUAUUCAAAAGGGGGUGGCGGCGCAACUUGUUGCCCGACUACCUGCCAUUGCUUUGUAAUUGCAAAAAAAAAAAAAGGGUGUGAAUAAGUGUUUGUUAAUUUUUUUGUAGAAUAUUAGAGAUGCAUUGAAAACUAGUGGCAAAAUUUGAUUGUCUCCCAUAAUUGGGAAUCGAAACCAGCACUCUUACUUUA